AUGUAUCACCGCCCUCCCCCGGGCCUGCACAGGCGCCCAAUCUUCGAGCCGCAGUGCACCCACGCCACCAUGACGAGGGUCUACAGCCCGAACCUCCUGUGCGCCCACUGCCACUAUCCCGGUCCUUCUGGCUGGCUGUACCAGUGCACGCAGGACAGGGAAGACUUGAUCGAACACGCCGUGGCGAGAGGAGAGUUUAUCAGCAUGGACCAGGUCGGCUGCCAGCUGGCGCCGUUGAUGGGCAUUCGGAAAGGGAGCGCCGCUGCUCGUGAGGACCGGCUCAGCUUCCUCUCGGAGAUCAACCAGGAGCAGCUGGCUCAGUACCGACCAGAUCAGGUCGCUCACAUACUCAGGCAGCGUGAGAAUCUCAUCAUCCAGCAAGACAAGGUCCACCGCGCCUUUCUCAGUCUCAACGCCGUUGCCAAUGGCGAAGUGCUCCCAACCGCAGCAGCAGGUUAUAGCUUCCAUCUUCUUGGCCAGCGGCCGGUUGUAGAUGCCAACGUCCUCAAGAACAUAGGUUGCCGUCCGGUGCCCCUGCCUCAGCCAUCCCCCACCAGCUCGAUUCACGACUCGCCCGCAUCGGCGAUGAGUGUUAUGGAUAUGCUCGAUACGCAGAUCAAUCGCGGACGGCUCUUGUGGACGCGGCAGGGAGACGAGGCUGAGGUGGAAGAGUACGAUGCCGACUUUGAUUGGACGUUGGCGCCGGCAACAUCCAGCGUUGCUUCUGGAUUCUUGAGGUACUCUCCUGGGUGCGAGAAUCUGGGAGUCAUUGCGGAGGCUGCUGCAUCCAGCAACUUUGUUCCCAGGCAAUGGACGCCUCCUCCUUCGCCAGCAAACGGCAUGUCGGACUUAGGUGGCAAGGUAAUUGAUACGCCUUCGAAAAGGGGCCCAAUCAGUCAAAAUGGCACACCACUUUCUGAAUUGACCGUUCUGCAGACGACGGAGAAUGCCACUGGGGGCCACCGCCGCGAGCAGAGCGUCGAUGAAUCUCCUCGCGGAGCAACACCCAGGUCGAAUACUCCUUUAUCAGACCACAGCUUUCCUCCGUCCCCCCUCAAAGUGGCACACGGGGUCGCCAUGCUCGAAGAGAGCGUCGAACUGGGUGUUCCGGAUGUCAUUACGCAGGCCUGA